GUUUGUGAAGAAGCUCGUUGUCCGAAUAUUGGUGAUUGUUGGGGUGGAGGUAAACAUCAGACAGCGACAGCUACUAUAAUGUUGAUGGGAAAUGAAUGUACUAGAGGUUGUAGAUUCUGUUCUGUAAAAACCAAUAAAAAGCCAAAGGCUUUGGAUCCAAAUGAGCCAGAAAAUGUAUCUGAGGCAAUUUCAAGAUGGGGCUUAGAUUAUGUUGUGUUAACCUCAGUAGAUCAUGGUGGUGCUGGUCAUUUUGCAAAUACCAUACGUUUACUAAAAAAGAAAGCUUCACAUAUAUUAGUGGAAUGUCUUACUAGUGAUUUUCAAGGUGAUCUUGAUUGUGUUUCUACGGUGGCAAAUUCUGGUUUAGAUGUUUAUGCACACAAUGUAGAAACAGUUGAAGAAUUAACACCUUUUGUGAGAGAUAGGAGAGCCAAUUUUAGACAAAGCCUUAAAGUAUUGGAACAUGUUAAAAGCAUAAAACCAUAUAUGAUCACAAAAACAAGCAUAAUGUUAGGAGUUGGUGAGACAGAUCAAGAAGUAAUGAACACCUUAAAGGAACUUCGCAAUAUUAAUGUCGAUUGCAUUACACUGGGACAAUAUAUGAGACCAACAAAAAAUCAUAUGAAAGUUCAUGAAUAUGUAACACCGGAGAAAUUUAAAUAUUGGGAAAAUGUGGGUAAUGAUCUAGGAUUUUUAUACACUGCAUCUGGUCCUUUAUUAAAAGAUAGCAGAAUUAUUCAAAGUCAUCAUUAUAACAUUAGUAGCAAUAAAGAACACAGUGAUUUCAGGCAUGGAAAUAAAAGUGGUAACACUAAAAGAAUUAGCAAUAUCACAAAUGGUAAUAAUGAUAGAGGAAUUUGUGGCAUUGCAAAUGGUAUUAAUAGAAGAAAUAAUGAUAUAAGAAGGAGUAGCAAUAUUUCAAAUAUGUAUACUACAAAUAGUUAUGCUGGUUAUAGAGGAAGAUUUAAAAGUAGUAGUGUAUUACAUUUGAUGGUAUUGAUGAGUGAUUAA